AUGACCGAGGUGGAGCCCCGGGGCCCCGAACUGGCCCUACAGCCUCAGGAGCCCGAGAAGGUCACCACCGCCGGACCCAACCGGAACCAGGCCAGCAAGAGAGUGCUGGCCACACAGGUGCAGGGAACGGUGAAGUGGUUCAAUGUGCGGAAUGGAUAUGGCUUUAUAAACAGGAAUGACACCAAGGAAGAUGUCUUUGUCCAUCAGACGGCAAUAAAGAGAAACAAUCCUCGGAAGUUCCUCCGCAGUGUUGGAGACGGGGGGAGACGGUAGAGUUCGAUGUGGUGGAAGGAGAGAAGGGUGCAGAAGCCGCCAAUGUGACUGGCCCUGGGGGUGUACCAGUGAAGGGCAGUAGAUUUGCCCCAAACAGACGGAGGUUUCGUAGGCGUCCUUUUCGGCCAAGAAUGGAUAUGGCUGGGUCUGGUGGAGAAGGCGGGAAUGCAGAGCCUCUGAGUGAGGGUGAGAGAGCAGAGGAUGCCUCUCCCCAACAAAGACCACGGAGGAGACCACCUCCUUUCUACUUCAGACGUCGCUUUGGAAGAGGCCCCAGGCCACCUCAGCAGGGCUCAGAGGAUGCGGAGAAUAAAGAUCCAGCAGCAUCAGACAUUCAGCCGGGUGGCGAUAACCAGCAGAGGCUUCCUCCACGCCGCUUCCGUCCCAGAUGGCGCAGACCUUUCCGCCCUCGACCCCCGCCAACACAGACUGCCGAAGGAGGAGAGAACGAUGCCAAACCUAACGGAGCGCCCCGUCCAGAGCCUCAGCGUCAGAGGAAUCGCCCAUAUUUCCAGCGUCGCAGGCGGGGAGGAGGGGCCCCAGGGCAGGCCGCACCCCCGGGUGAGGAGAAAAGUGCAGCAGAGCCCAGCCAAAGCCCCUCCUCAGAAGAUGCUCCGAAGCCAUCGGGUAGCCCUGCGGAAGCUGGGAAGAGUCGAGCUGAGGCCUCUACUCCACCCCCUGCUGUGGCAGCGGAUGUCCCCGCUCCAGAGUGA